CCCUCCCACGCUCGCUUUCGCCCCGACCGGCCGCCCACACUCGUUCACCACCAUCGCCAUCCGCCAAAAUGAUGUCACGGAUAGCCGCGCUGCUCCUCUCAGGAGUCGCCAUGAUGCAUGCGCACGCCCAGACGACGCCAGCCGACCUCGUGGGCACUUGGACGAGCAAAGCGAACUCGACCAUGACCGGACCCGGCUUCUACGAUCCCGUCGCGGACAGACUGAUUGAGCCGAAGCACACGGGCAUCAGCUACUCCUUCACAGCCGACGGCCACUAUGAAGAGGCCUACUAUCGCGCCAUCGCAAACCCCCAAGACCCCAGUUGUCCCCAGGGCAUUAUGCAAUGGCAGCACGGCACAUACGAGAAACUCGCCAACGGCUCUCUAGUGCUCACCCCCAUUAAGGUUGACGGCCGCCAACUCUAUUCGGACCCAUGUUCGUACAAGACGGCCGUGUACACGCGCUACAACGCUUCCGAGCUGUUCAAGAGCUAUGAAUACGUUGCAUCCGACGCCUACGCCAAGAUACCGCGCAUCACACUAUACAAAUUCGACGGCGCUCCCAUGAUGCCCUUGUACCUCGCCAUGUCCAAGCCCGAGAUGCUCCCUACCACCACGCUUAACCCACUUGUCACGCAGACGGCUUCUGCAAAGAACUCGAAGCGUGGCGAACUACCCAUGAACCACGAGGUGGUUUUCCAGCGGACCCCCGGUUCCGUGAGGGCUGAUCAGUGGUGGUGGUUUGGUGUUUUCCUGACUGCAAGUGGAAGCAUGCUUUGGUACUUUUUCUAAGAAAAGAGAACAUCUUUGUCGGCUUGUGGGGUAACUACGAAAAGGAUCAGGCGCAUGCGAGGAGUUUCAGCAUCAUGACGGAGUUUAUACGAGCAGUGUGUUUUUUGUUUAUGCCGGGCUGAGAUAAUAAUGACGGUUUGUUUGGUAUGCAAAUAAGCAUGUAGGGUGGUAUGGUGGCGUUUUCGGCAUGGUAUGGUCUGGCAAUCAGGUUCUAGUAUAGAACAUUGUCUUUGGGGGGUUAAAGUUUUUCUUCAUAUCGAAAAUGAUUGAAUGGGACACCAUUCAUGUAUGAUAUCAUAUGCCUUUCUGUAG